UUUCAUCAUCACUACAGGAAGUCUGUCCGGAUUCUCUGGAAGGGAGUGUUGUUUCAGGGGGGCGUGACCUGAUGUUGACUUCGUCUCUGUGUCUGAGAACGGCUCCACAUUCACUCUCUGGAUUAUCAGAUGUUGUUGAAAGUCUUUUGUUUUUGUGGUAAAUGUUCUGAAUCCAUGAAACUUCCUGACGACAACUCCAACAAGAAGAAGAAGAGAUUACCUUCAAGAUUAUAAUGAUAACAUUGUUGGUUCUGGUUUCACUGAUCUGCACGGGCACACAGGAUGGAACCAGACCAGACGAUGGUGUUUCGCUCUGUGGACCUCAGAAUCUGAGGCUUACCUCCUCGGCCCAGACGAUCCUGUCGGCGUGGGAGGACGACCCUUCGUGCUCCGCAGUGAACGACAUGCUCGUCUACGAGCUGGUGGUUCUCAGAGCAGACAAGCAAGUACAUCACGAGGAAGUCGCUGUGACGCCUGACCAGAUAGGAUCCACUCACUUCUGGAACUGGACGUCCCAUUUGGCCUUGGAGUGCGUUUCCCACUCGGUCAGGCUCAGUUCCCGAUACAAAAACCACGCAAGCCCGUUGAAACUAGAAGAGACUCUCCCAGGAAAGGAAAACUCAGCAGAGCCGGAGGUUUACCCACGAGACAGAAUAAUUAAGGUCGGCAGCAACGUCACCUUCUGCUGCGUCCUGCCGGCAGGACAAACCUUCGAGCGCAUGUAUGUGACGGGUUAUAGCACUAAUGUGGACGCUACCAAGAUCAGCAACCGGACGUACGCCCUGACCGUCCACCUGACCCAGACGACCAGUGUCAUUUGCACAAAUGUGAAAUGUAAAGCGAGAACCCAGCAGCAAGAAUCAACUGACAACGGGGCUUGUGCUUUAAUUGGCUACCCACCGGGUGAUAAGGAUCUUCGGUGUGAAACCAGAGAUCUGGAAUCAGUCGCCUGUCACUGGACAGUAGGAAGAAACACGCACCUGCACACAAAUCCAACAACCUAUAAGCUUCUUGGAAGACAUUGUGCCGGCGCUUCUCCGGGAAGAUGUUCUCAAAAAGUGCGUGUGAACGCCAGCGAGACAACCUGGACGUUAACGGCACAGAAUGAGCUUGGGACGGUGGAGCUGUCGGAGAGAGCAGACCUGACAAGAAGAGUUUACAUGUUCGCACCGGAGGGAGUGACAGCGUCCACCGUGAACGCCAGGAAUGUGAGCCUGGAGUGGAGCUGGACGGUGAAGCGGUACAAUAACCUCAACAUCACGUGCCAAGUAAACGUCAGGCAUGGUGGAACAGAUGCCACGAGCGAGGACUUUGGAGUUGGCCUUGCUUCUGCCGUUUUAACUGGCCUGAUGCCAAAGUGGACUUAUAAUGCGUCCGUUCGAUGUAGAACAAUGGAACAUUCCUGGAAGUGGAGUGAAUGGAGCACAGCGUUAGUUUUCCAAACAAGGGGCGAUGUUCCAGAUGCACUUGAUGUGUGGAUGCAGAUGAAGAAAAAACAGAUUACAAUCUUUUGGAAAAUGCUGCCGGACAACCAGAGUCAUGGACACAUUAUAGAUUAUACAGUGACCUGGGCAAAAAAGACCACUGAGACGGAACGACGCAACACAACCACCGUGGAUCACAACGAGCAACGCGUUGUUCUCAGUGUGGACACCACCGACCAGUAUCUCGUCACAGUCACAGCGAGGAACACAAACGGCAGCUCAUCACCAUCGACCAUCACCACGCCGCACUUCAAUCCAGACACCACCAGGCUGAACACGUUUGGGUUCACCGGCAGCAACGGCAGAGUCAGUCUGUCCUGGUCUGCCAGUCCUGCUGCUCGCUGUGGCUACGUAGUGGACUGGCAUCCGACCUCAGAUCCUUGGAUUGUGGACUGGCUGAAAGUUCCUCCUCAUGAAACUAACGCCACGAUAUUUUCAAAAAACUUCCAAAGUGGACUGAGAUACUCGUUUUCCAUAUCCGCCUGCACCCAGGCAGCUCCGGUGCUGCUGGAGAGAGGAGAGGGCUACGUCUGGGAGGAGAAAAUCCAAGAUGGCCUCUUUAAAACACUGACGUGGAAACAGAAGGGUUCAGACGUUGAGGUGUCCUGGCUUCCGAUAUCUCCAACCGAGCAGAGCGCCUUCAUCCAGGGCUACAUUCUGUAUUGGUCCGACAACAACAACGACGACAGCCACAACGUAGUCUUCAAUGUGAGCACAGACCUUCCUGGCGCCACCAGCCUCAGGGCAAGAGACCUGAAGAUCGGCUCCUACAGGUUCACAGUGAAGGCUCAGACGGCGGUGGGAGAAUGUGGCACCACGUCAUUAACUGUCACCUUGAAUUCACUGACUGAUAACCUGAUCACGGCGACCUUCAUUUCCCUGGUGGCUGUUUUCAGUCUCCUUUCCCUCGUCACUGUCGUUUGCUACAGACACUGGGCGUGCAUCAAGCAGAAUGUGUAUCCUCCGAUCCCAAAGCCACUGUUGACCGACAAGUGGCUGAAAUCAAUGGGGGGACACAGUUGUCGUCCUCUCUACGUGGAUCAGUGUCCCCACAGUGAAGUAGAAGUCUUAGACAUUCCAGUGCUGCUCCGUGACUCCGGAGCGCCGGACAAAGGUCACGUCGGCCACAAGAACGCAUCGUUUGCUUUUACUCAAAAGGGCUACUUCAACCAGCCCCUGAAGAACCCCCCCCCACCGGCCCUCAUACCCACUAACGUCACUCCGGCUCUGGAGGGUUUGCCGUCCUCGCCGUUCAGAGGAGUGUUUCCCAACCCGUCCUAUAACCUGAUCAUGCAGCCCGGGGAUCCGCCGGCCGGGUCGGGGCCGGAGCUCCGGGAGGCGACGUGUUUAGAGUGCGACCCCGACGGAUACCAGCCUCACAGUGGCUCAGACACCUCCGUCCUCAACCCGACCGGAGAGGAGACGGAGAGUCCGAUGGCCUGCGUCUUCACUUACGUUUUACUGCCACAGUCAACAUCCUAGUAGCUGUUCCAUGCACGUAUGGUAAUAAGUAAAACAAAUAUCAUCCCGCUGCAAAGAAAAUGAAAAGUUGGUUUAAUCACUGUUAUUUUUAAGAAUUGUUUUGUCUCACUGAUAAAAGUAACAUUUACUGUAUGUACAUGUAACCUCACGGCUAGUUAGGGAACGUUAAACACUGAGAUCUUUCUGUAGAAUCAUAAUCGUACAUCCACGCCAGUGUCCGAUUGCACAGUCGUUGUGAAAUAUGUUACAGGCAGGAAGUCCAGCUGUGGCUUUCUGGUAAUGUUGAGUCACGGAGGCUCGGAACACAGGACGUCUGCACCAAGAAUAUUUCAGUUCAAAUAGGCAAAGACCUUCUAAAUAUAGAACAAAUUGUACUCAAGUUACGUCGUGGCAUUUUUGUGAAUGUAAAUAUUUGAUGCUUUUUCUUAUUAAAGUCAGAUUCUGACUGAAUCUUCCCAGUUUGACCAGAACCUCGUCUCCAGAUCCGCAGUUUGUCUGCUGAGCUCUUCAAUAAACACACGUGUCAAAUA